AUGCAAUCAACUAAGUACCUGAAUUGGACUGUUGGCCUCACCAGCAGACCAGAUCUCUUCCAAGCUAAUGCCUGCUCCAGGCCCAAGGCAAAUGACUUUUCAGGCCACUGCAGCAUCGGUGUUAUGCGUGUUCCCCACUUAUUCUUCAUAAGUUCAACAAGAAUUUCAGUAUUCGAGCGGAAUAUACUAUGCAGCAGGUUGAGCAACAAAGACGAGGAAACAAAAUACAGUCAAGACUCAAGUCAGAGAUACCAAGGAAGUGCUUGGAUAACCCACAUAGCUAGGAUGGAGGUCAUCCCAGAGCUCCUCAAUAGUCCUCAUCUAAAUCGACCAAGUACCAACUUCAUAGAUAUCAUAAACUCAUAUGCACAUGAGAUGAGACCAAGACACAUUCUCAAUGGGGAAGGAGAAUUGCAGCUCAAUAAACAAUUAGAUGCCGUAGAAUUUUACAACUCAAUGGGUUGGGAUAUACCUUCCUAUCAUACCCAUACCACAGCAGGUGUUGCUUUGACAAAUGGACAGGCAGGAGAAGAGUGGAAUCACGAACAAACAAUACAGGCCCAAGCUGGACAAGGAAAAGGGAUGAGUUCUCAUUUCUAG